CCCGCGGCGCGGCCCCGGUGGCGGAGCAUGGCGGGCACGGGGGGCGCGGGAGGAGCGGCCCCGGUACCGGUGCCCCCCUGGUACCACCGGGACCUGAGCCGGGCGGCGGCCGAGGAGCAGCUGGCGCGGGCCGGGCGGGACGGCAGCUUCCUGGUGCGGGACAGCGAGAGCGUGGCGGGGGCCUACGCACUGUGCCUGCUGUUCCAGAAGCACGUGCACACGUACCGCAUCCUGCCAGACGAGGAGGAUUUCCUGGCCGUGCAGACGUCACAGGGGGUGCAGGUGCGGCGCUUCAAGACGCUCAACGAGCUGAUUGCCCUGUACCUGCAGCCCAACCAGGGGCUGGUCUGCACCCUGCUUUUUCCUGUUGAGAGGGAGAAAGAGAAGGAGACCGUGGAAGACAGGGACUACUCGGACGGAGAGGAUGAGAAGCCACCGUUGCCACCACGCUCCGGCUCCACCAGUUUCUCUGGCACCUCGGUGGGACUCAGCCCCACUGGCCUGGGACCAUCUGUGCCAGAGGGACCAGUGGAGAGCACCAAUGGGCUCAUCAGCAUCUCCCAUGAGUACCUGAAGGGCAGCUACACCCUGGACCUGGAGGCAGUGAAGGGAGGGGCCAACAGCCUCCCCCACCUCAACAAGACCCUCGUCACGUCCUGCAAACGGCUGCACAGUGAAGUGGACAAGGUGUUGGCAGGGCUGGAGAUCCUCUCCAAGGUGUUUGACCAGCAGAGCUCCCCCAUGGUCUCCAAGAUCCUGCAGCAGACAGCAGGGCAGAGUGGAGAGCAGGAGCUGGAGAACCUGGUGUUGAAGCUCUCUGUGCUGAAAGAUUUCCUGUCCUCCAUCGAGAAGAAGGCACUGAAGGCCCUGCAGGAGAUGAGCUCAGCCACUCCUGCCACCCCCCCUCAACCCCUCUCACGCAAGGCCAAGAGCAUCCCAGUGCAGACCUUUGAGGUGAAGCUGGAUAUCACCCUGGGGGACCUGACCAAGAUUGGGAAGUCACAGAAGUACACUCUGAGUGUGGACGUGGAGGGGGGUAAACUAGUGGUGCUGAAGAAGCAGAAGGACUCCCAGGAGGACUGGAACACCUUCACCCAUGACAAGAUUCGGCAGCUGAUCAAGUCACAGCGGGUGCAGAACAAGCUUGGCAUCGUUUUUGAGAAGGAAAAGGAUAAAACGCAACGGAAGGACUUUGUUUUUGUCAGUGCUCGGAAGCGUGAGGCUUUCUGCCAGCUCCUGCAGCUGAUGAAGAACAAGCAUUCUCACCAGGAUGAGCCUGACAUGAUUUCUGUCUUCAUUGGCACCUGGAACAUGGGCAGUGUUCCUCCCCCCAAGAACAUCACUUCAUGGAUCACCUCCAAGGGGUUGGGCAAGACCCUGGAUGAGGUGACGAUGGCCAUACCACACGACAUCUAUGUCUUCGGCACCCAGGAGAACUCUUUGGGAGACAAGGAGUGGGUGGACUUCCUGCGCACUGUCCUCAAGGACUUCACAGAAGUUGAGUACCGCCCGGUGGCCAUGCAGUCCCUGUGGAACAUCAAGGUGGUGGUGCUGGUGAAGCCAGAGCACGAGAACCGCAUCAGCCAUGUCAGCACCUCCAGCGUCAAGACAGGGAUCGCCAACACCCUAGGGAACAAAGGCGCUGUGGGUGUCUCCUUCAUGUUCAAUGGCACCUCCUUUGGCUUUGUCAACUGCCACCUCACCUCUGGCAAUGAGAAGACGGCACGGAGGAACCAGAACUACCUGGACAUCCUGCGCCUGCUCUCACUUGGGGAUAAGCAGCUGAGCUCCUUUGACAUCUCCCUUCGCUUCACUCACCUCUUCUGGUUUGGGGACCUCAAUUACCGCCUAGACAUGGACAUCCAGGAGAUCCUCAACUACAUCAGUCGCAAGGAGCUGGAGCCGCUGCUGAAGGUGGAUCAGCUCAAUCUGGAGAAGGAGAAGCACAAGGUGUUCCUGCGCUUUGGUGAGGAGGAGAUCACCUUCCCCCCAACCUACCGCUAUGAGCGAGGCUCCCGGGACACCUAUGUCUGGCACAAGCAGAAGCCCACAGGGGUUCGUACUAACGUGCCAUCCUGGUGUGACCGCAUCCUCUGGAAGUCCUACCCCGAGACGCAUAUCAACUGCAACGCUUACGGGUGCACAGAUGACAUUGUCACCAGUGACCACUCACCUGUCUUCGGCUCCUUUGAAGUGGGAGUGACAUCCCAGUUCGUUUCCAAAAAAGGGCUCUCCAAGUCCUCAGAGCAGGCAUACAUCGAGUUUGAGAGCAUAGAGGCCAUCGUGAAGACAUCCAGUCGCACCAAGUUUUUCAUCGAGUUCUAUUCUACCUGCCUGGAAGAGUUCAAGAAGAGCUUUGAGAAUGACAGCCAGAGCAGCGACAACAUCAACUUCCUCAAGGUGCAGUGGUCAUCCCGGCAGCUGCCCACGCUGAAGCCCAUCCUCUCCGAGAUUGAGUACCUGCAGGACCAGCACCUCUUGCUCACCGUCAAAUCCCUAGACGGUUAUGAGUCCUACGGGGAGUGUGUCAUUGCCCUGAAGUCAAUGAUUGGCAGCACAGCGCAGCAGUUCCUCACCUACCUGUCCCACCGUGGUGAGGAGACCGGCAACAUCCGUGGCUCCAUGAAGGUCCGGGUGCCCACAGAGCGCCUGGGCACCCGCGAGAGGCUCUAUGAGUGGAUCAGCGUCGAUAAGGAUGAGACGACAGCCAGUAAAGGGAAGGUGCCACUAGCUUCCAGGGCCACCCAGGACAAUGCCAAGUCUGCAGGGCGAAAACCCACCGGUGCUGAGCCCCUCACCACCAUCCUGGCAAAGCUGCCAGAGGAGCCUGAGAAGAGCAGCACCACAGCAGCAUCUCGUCCCCCUGCCCCACACCGCAGCACCCCCAGGGACGAGGCCGCGCCAAGCCGGUCCAAGGCGGAGGCAAUGCCAGAGCUGUCAGGGGGUCCCCUGAAGAACAGCUUCAACAACCCAGCAUACUACGUGCUGGAGGGGGUCCCCCACCAGCUGCUGGUGCGGGGGGACCCCGGCAAGCCCCCCAAGGCCAAGGUGCAGCUGGCAGUGCAGGAGUGCUGCCAGUGCCCCUCGACGUGCUGUGGUGGCGAGAGUGAUGAGGAAGAGGACCUCGGCACCCUCAACCUGCCACCGCCGGAUUUUCCCCCACCGCCACUGCCACGGGAGCUGGAGCUCCCCCCAAACACCUUCUUCAGCACCACGAAGGAGCUGCUGGUGUCCACCGGGUGUGAGGACCCAAAAACCCACCCUGCUGCCUUAGGAGAGGCUCCCUUGCCUAAGCCUCACCCCCGGCCAGCCCCAGCCACCAGGGCUGGUUUUGGGAUGGAGGGGGCUGCUGGGACGCCUGUUACCGGGGGGCUGCCUGCAGUUGGGGGGCUGCCCACUCCUGGCCUGCCGGGAGGGCUGCUGGAUGACCGGUCCUGCUCAGUGUUGCAGAUGGCCAAGACGCUGAGUGAGGUGGACUAUGGGGGUGGGAAGGGGAGGGUGGUCCCCCCACCACCACUGCUGGCCAAGGGGGGGUUGCCUCCCCGCUGCCUGCACCCCGACUAUGGCCACCCCCUUGCCUUCCCUCCCCACUCCAUCCAGGAGAGCAUCCAGGAGGACCUGGCUGAGGAGGUGGGUGAUACAGGGUGGGUGGGGGUACUCAGCACCUCAGCUGGGGCUCCCUUUAGGGUGCCCCAUGGUGCUGAGGCUGUUGGGGUGCAGGCGCUGGGCCGUGGUGUGGGCACUGUUCCCGGUGUGGGCGAGUGGCUGCGGGCCCUGGGGCUGGAGCGGUACGAGGAGGGGCUGGUGCGCAAUGGCUGGGAUGAUCUGGAGUUUCUCAGUGACAUCACAGAGGAGGACCUGGAGGAGGCUGGAGUGCUGGAGCCUGGCCACAAGCGCAUCCUUCUGGAGAGCCUCCAGCUUCGCAAGUAGCUGCCGCCGCACAUCCAGCAUCCCGUGCAUCCUGCAGCCCAGCAUCCCAGAUCCUGCAGCUGCAUAUUCUGCAUCCUGCAGCCCAGCAUCCCAGAUCCUGCAGCCCUGUAUCUCAGACCUUGCAGCUGUGUGUCCUACAGCCCAGCAUCCUGCAUCCCACAGAUGCACAUCCUGGAUCCCAUGGCUGUGCAUUUCACAUCCUGCUGCCACGUAUCCCGGACCCUGUGGCUCUGCAUCCUGCAGCUGAGCAUCCCAGAUCCUGCAGCCAUGUGUCCACGGCCCAGCAUCCUGUGGCCACAUACCCAGGGUGCCAUGGAUGUGCAUCCCAGGUCCUGCAGCUGUGCAUCCUGCAGCUGAGGAUCCUUCAUCCCACAGUCCCACAUCCUGCAUCCAUUCAUUCCACCAUCACCAGCAGCAAGUGGGAGCCCCACGACUCCACAGCCCGUCCCCCACCCUGGAUGCUGGGUAAUGGGGUGGGAAGGGGGGUGGUGGGUCCUGGUCAGAUAAUUUCAUAUGAGGAUCCCUACGGGGUGCCCUCACAUUUAAGUUAUUUUUUAUUUAUUGGGAGAAGGGAUGGUGGUUGAGGUGUUUGGGGGUAACCCUUGGGAUCCUGGCUCCCCCCAUGACCCCUCACAGCUAGGAGGAGGAAGCUCUGAGCCAAGUCAUGUCUCAACCCAAGUGCCUUCAUGAUGCCUGGGCUGAGCUGGGAUAGGAUGGGAUGGGAUAGGAUGGGAUGGCUCAGCCAGCCCCUAUAGACAGCACUAGGCACAGCUCAGAGUCCCCAUCCUCAACUCUUAAGGAUCCUGUCCCCAACAUGGAUGUCCCAUUCCAACCCUGGAAGAUCCCCAUCCCCACCCACGGGGUGCCUAUCACUAUCCCCUUGCUGUACAUCCCUGUUCCAACUCCUGUCCCUAUGCUGGACAUCAUAUCUGCACACCAGGGGUUCUACCCCACCCUGAUGAUCCCCAUCCCUGCCCUGGAUGUGCUGUCCCCACCCCUGGGGGUUCCUGUCCUCACCCCAUGGGUCCCUGUCCCCAUGUCCAGGGGUUCCAUCUCCACCCCAGGUAUCGGUCUCCAUGACAGGAAUCUCUGUUACCAUUUCUGGGGGUCCCAUCCCCUCACUGGGGGUCUCUGUUCCUGUCCUAUGGUUGCCUGUCCCCUGUCCCUGGAGAUCAUUUUCCCACCAUAGGGGUCCCCGUUCCCACCCAUGGAGGUGCUGUCCCCAUCCCCAGGGGCCCCACCCUGAGGAUCCAUUCCACCCAGAGGUUCCAUCCCCAGGGGUCCUGUCUUCCCCAUACUGGGGAUUCUGUCCCCACCUGGAUGGGUGUUGUCCCCACUCUGGCGUCCCUAUCCCAGCCAUGGGAGUCCCAUUCUCACAUGGCAGGGUCCCCAUCCCCACUCUGGGGAGAUGUCCCUAUGCUGGAAGUACCAUCCCCAGCCUGGCAAUCUUUUCACCACAGAGCCAGAUCAGUGCCUUCCCCCAGAGCCCACCCCACACCACCAGUGCCUCUGGGGCAUACCCCCACUCCCACCCAGUUUGCCCAUUAGGUACUUGCUGGGUGUGCCCACCCCUCCCCGGGGCUUUUGUGUCGCCCUUGGGGGCAGCGGGGCUGGCAGCCUGGUCUCCUUGUGGGUGCUCAGCCCCCAGCCUUGCUAAGUGUCCUUCCAGGAGGGUUCCCAGGGUGGGGGUCCCCAGGACAGGGGUCCUCCCGCUGUGCCUUCUCCACUGGGAUGCCCCCUCCAGGCUCUUCCUGUCCCCAGGGGGAUGGGGGCGAUGCUACCCCCGACCCCCCAAUCCCCCACUCCGGCUGAGAUGAAGGAUGGGCCAGGCCCCCCUGGCAUCCCCCAACAUCCCCCCUCUCUUACUGGGGGUGUUUGGUGUGAACUUCCCCCCACUAAACCCUCAGCUCCUGUGUUUGGAGGUGUUUGGUAAAUCUGGAGUGAUUUUUGUCAUGUUCAUGCAAUGGGUAUGGUGGAGCUCUCAGUGUGGGGAAAGGUCUGGGGAGGGGGACAAGGUAGGGAACCAGGGGGAAGAACUGGGUCCCAGCAUAAUCUGUGACCCCUCCAAGCUCUCCGUACUGGUCCCAGCAAGGUGGAGACCAGGUCCCUUGUCCCCUUCUUGACCAUAUUGGGUACCUCAGACCACUCCCCCGAUAGCCUGGCAUGCACCUUGUCACCAUGCCAGUGCCACCAAGACCUUCAUCAUCACCCCCCAAAGGGCCCCUAGAGGCCAGGGGAGCUGUGUGGGGCUCCCCUCUCCUCACCCCACCCCACUUGGGGCUUCCCGUGGGAUGCCCCCUCAUCUUCCUGCAGCUGCUCGGGGUCUUUGAGUGGGGGGCACCCAAAACAAUCCCUGAGGUGCUGGAGGUCUGUGGCAUCACCUGGGGGGUUCUGGUGGCUUUCAGAGGUUUUGGGGAUGGGACUAUGCAGCCCUCCACCCCUGAAGCCCUUGGCGGGUUGGGGUGCAGCAAGGGCUGCAGGCCAGCAGCAGCGUCAAUAAAUUAAGUUUAAUUUGGA